GACCAAAGUUCUCUCUCUCCUCCCUCUUUUUCAAUCUUGAUCUUAAGUGAGAUUUUUGAUCCUUUCAUGGAUACUAUUCUUCAAGUACCCGCUGAUGGGUUCAAAUUCGAGAACACUUCUGGAUCUUGCUGCAAACCAAGGAAUAAUUCUGACUCGGGCACCACUCGUUUCACCUGUUUCUAUGAAUCCAAGAACCCUUCUCCGACCGAAUCUACGGAAUGUUCAGAGUACCAUCCUGUUUUGAAGUACAUAAAUGACAUGUUGAUGGAAAAAGAUCUUGAAGGACAGUCUUGUAUGUUGGAAAACAGUUUGGCUUUACAAGCCGCAGAGGCAUCUUUCUUCGAAGUGCUUCAGGAGGGUCAAAGUCCUCCGUCAAUGACGAGCUUACUUCAACCAACCUCAGAUUACACUGCAUUGCCUGAUAUCUCAGAAGAAUCAACAAGAAGGUGCCGCCUACGAGAUGAUGAGGAAGAAGAUGAUCCUGAAGGUGGAAGGAAAUCAAAGCUCCCUGCAGUUUCAAAGGUGGAUGAGCUAGCAGAAAAGAUGGAGCAAGUUUUGUUGGUCUGUGAAAACAAUAAUCAUGGAGAAGCAACACCGAACAAACCAGGACGAGCAAAUGGAUCAUCAGACAGAUCCAAGCCUCAAAAGCUAGAUCGGACAGUGGAUAUGCGGAGUCUCCUAAUGGAAUGCGCUCAAGCAGUAGCUAGCUUUGACCAUAAAAGAGCAGCUGAGAAACUGGAGGAGAUAAGAGCACAUUCUUCUAGCCACGGUGACGCAACUCAGAGACUUGGUUACCAUUUCGCCGAGGCUCUUGAAGCACGUAUCACUGGAACCAUGAAGACACCUCUAUCUGCUACAUUUAGCGGAACAUCCAUGUUUGACAUUUUGACGGCCUACAAGGAGUUUGUUCAGGCUUGUCCGACCAUGAUAAUGUGUUAUUACACUGCAAACAGAACAAUAAUUGAGCUUGCGUCCAAAGCAACCAUACUUCACAUCAUUGACUUCGGUAUUUUCUAUGGGUUUCAGUGGCCUUGCAUGAUAAAGGCCCUGUCUAGACGUCCCGGUGGACCACCAAUGCUCCGUGUGACCGGAAUCGAGCUGCCCCAGCCAGGUUUCCGCCCAUCAGAGCGUGUAGAAGAGACCGGGCGAAGACUGAAGCGGUUCUGUGACAAGUUUAAUGUCCCGUUUGAGUACAACUGCAUAGCCAAGAAUUGGGAGACCAUAACUCUUGAUGAGCUGGUGAUCAAUAGUGGAGAGACAACAGUUGUUAAUUGCAUCCUUCGCCUGCAAUAUACGCCUGAUGAAACCGUGUCCCUAGACUCUCCAAGAGACACAGUUCUGAAACUAUUCAGAAAUAUCAAUCCUGACCUCUUUGUGUUUGCAGAGAUACAUGAAGAGAACGAUUGCAGGACCCUGGUGGAAAGGGAGUUAAUCAUAAGGGAUGCGAUGAGUGUGAUCGCCUGUGAAGGGCCUGAGCGGUUUCCGAGGCCUGAGACCUAUAAGCAAUGGCAGGUUAGGAUACUGAGAGCCGGGUUUAGGCCAGCGAGACUAAACAAACAGAUCAUGAAGGAAGGGAAGGAGUUGAUCAGAGAACGUUACCACAAAGAUUUUGUGAUCGACCAUGACAACCACUGGAUGUUUCAGGGCUGGAAAGGAAGAGUCAUCUAUGCUUUUUCCUGCUGGAAACCUGCAAAGAAGCAAUAAACUAUUCUGUAAUCAUUUGAAAUUUUGUCAGCUCUUCAUAUCUUUUUUCUUUUUGUUUCACAAUGUUUUUGUGUGUAGAGGUGUUGGAUCUUGCUAUCACAUAUCUAUGGAAUGAGUUCCUCUUUUCUUUUUUCAAGUAAUAUGGCAACCUAGAA